AGUCGUGGUUAUAAACCUUUGUUUAUACUACCUUACCCACCAUUUCUUAACCCAAUUGAAAAGCGUUGGUCUAAAAUUAAAGAUCAUGUCAAAAGGAAUCCACUCUCCUCAUUGGAUACUUUAACUCCCAGAAUUCAAGCAGCUUGUAGAAGCGUUACCACAGAAGAUUGUCUUGGAUGGAUCAAGCAUGCAGAAGGCUUCUGGGAUAGAUAUCUCGAUAAAGAAUUAGGUCUUGCUUGA